CGGCGGCGGCGGGGUCCUCCGCUCGGAGCUGCCUCGAGGUGCUCAAUUAGGGCGAGCCUGUGGCGGGGGGACCGCGAGGCGAGCGCGGGGAGCGGGGUGCGAGCUGUCCGAAAAUGCACUCGGAUGCCGCCGCUGUCAACUUUCAGCUGAACUCUCAUCUCUCAACACUGGCAAAUAUUCAUAAGAUCUAUCACACCCUUAAUAAGCUAAAUCUAACAGAAGACAUUGGCCAAGACGAUCACCAAACAGGAAGUGUGCGGUCCUGCACUUCUUCAGACCGCUUUAGUAAAGUGAUGCCGCCACGGAAAAAGAGAAGACCAGCCUCUGGAGAUGACUUAUCUGCCAAGAAAAGUAGACAUGAUAGUAUGUAUAGAAAAUACGAUUCAACAAGAAUUAAGACGGAAGAAGAAGCCUUUUCAAGUAAGAGAUGUUUGGAGUGGUUCUAUGAAUAUGCAGGUACUGAUGAUGUUGUAGGUCCUGAAGGCAUGGAGAAAUUUUGUGAAGACAUUGGUGUUGAACCAGAAAAUGUAGUUAUGCUUGUUCUUGCUUGGAAAUUGGAUGCACAGAACAUGGGUUAUUUUACUCUACAGGAAUGGUUGAAAGGAAUGACUUCUCUACAAUGUGACUCAACAGAAAAACUCAGAAAUACUUUGGAAUACUUAAGAUCAUUAUUAAAUGAGUCUACAAACUUUAAACUUAUUUACAGAUAUGCAUUUGACUUUGCACGGGAAAAGGACCAACGCAGCCUAGACAUAAACACUGCCAAGUGCAUGUUGGGACUGUUAUUAGGAAAAAUCUGGCCCCUUUUUCCAGUUUUUCACCAAUUCUUAGAGCAAUCAAAAUAUAAAGUUAUUAACAAAGACCAGUGGUGCAAUGUACUAGAAUUUAGCAGGACAAUUAACCUUGACCUCAGCAACUACGAUGAAGAUGGAGCAUGGCCAGUUUUGUUGGACGAGUUUGUGGAGUGGUAUAAAGACAAACAGAUGUCCUAGGACUUUAUGCAUCACAGCGAGAGAGUUCCUGUUACCACAGUUAUGUCCACCAUUAGCCAUAAAUUGCUGUUUGUAUCAAAGCGCAUGCUGCUUUUCUUGCACUGUCUCCCUUUUGCAGGGACGUGUUGGUGUUUGCUAUUGAAUGGGCCAGCUCUGCUUGCUGUGUAGCAUCGUUCUCUUGGAAAGGCUGCUUUGCAGUUGUCUUUACACUACAGAUUGGUGAAUUUGCCAACGUCCUCACUGUGAUUAUGUGUAUAUUGCUGUUUAAAUUUUGUAUAUGUGUAUAAAAAAAAGCUUCACCUAGAGAUUAUUUCUGCAAAAAUGUAUUGUAAAAAUAAUUUUGUGGCAUAUUUCUAGUCCCUUUUUUCAAAUGAACCAAUUCUACUUUAUUUGGUCUCAACUGUAGCAUUUCAGGAAACCAGACAAGAAUGACCAAUACCAUAAGCAAAUGUUGCCAGAAUUCACCUUACCUAAGAGGCCAACUUUUGGAAGAAGUGAGUUAUGACUUCUUGGAGGCAUGCCAAAUAGAAUCUGGUUUACUUAAACGUUAGCAUUUAAAAAAUGGAAGUCAUAAUUUUUUGACCAUAUAAACAUGUACCAUGCCACAAAUCAUCUCAACCAUGCGAGAUAUAGGGUUUUAUUUUCUAAUGUUCAAGCUGUAGUAGUUGGAGUGUAGGUACAAAUGAACAAAUUAAAAUAGCACUUUUUUUAAUGGGGUUUAAAGUCUCGUAAGCUUUCUUUUGUGUCUUUUGGGGGAGAACUUUUUUUUUUUUUCUUUCGCUUGUGUGUUUUCUUUCUCAUUCCUCUAGUCACUGUUUUGGCUGCUGAUGCUUCUAUGCCAUUCUAAGUACAGUUGAUUUUUGCCUCCUUCAUGAAAACCAAAUGGUUUGCUGGCAGUGAUUGCAGAGCACUUUGAAUUGUGGCUUGAAUCUUCAGUUGAACGUUCAUGAUGUCUACCUUUCUAGUGAAUUUUGUUUUUCUUUGCCUUGGAGAAAGAACUAUCCUAUAAGUGAGAGAUGUUUUUGUUUUCUUUUUCCUUUUUGUUUCUUUCAUGCUAGGCUUUUCCUGGCAGAGUGUCCAUUGCAGGCAGUGGACAUGGAACCACCAGCAUUGAGCUAACACUUAACACGGGAGGGCCUUUCCCAAGGUCCCACUCGUCAUUGCCUGAGUAAUUUACACAGAAGGGUGAGAGCCAUUAUUUAUGUGGGUGAGGAAACACGAAACAAUAUUGGGGGGUGGGGGGGACUUGUAUUUUAUGUCUUUUUUUUUCUCCCCCUUGCCUUACCCUUCUUGAGAAAAUGUGUAGAUAACAUGUUUUACCCUCAACCAUCUGGUGCUAUUGAAGGACUAAUUUAGUCCCUAAAGUUUUGUGAAAACACAAAAGUCUAAUAUUUUAAACUAAGUCUAUAGCUAAUGGUGCAUUUGAGCAAGUUGAAUACUACAUUUAUGUGAGCAAGAGCCAUGAUUGGACAUCUAAUGGUUGGAAGAAGCUUGGAUUAUUUUGAAAUCUGGCCAAAACACCCUUUGGACGUAAUGCAUGGAAUGAGUGAAGCACACAGACAAUGCUACUCUUGACCACUCUCUCACUUUCUUUGCAAACAGUGUUCAAAUUUUCAGAUUUUUUUUUUCCUAACUGAACCACCAAAGACACAUUUUGUAUGUAUAUACAGUGUGUGUGCAUAUACAAAAUCAUGAUAUGGUAGAAUGAAAUCAUUUCCUUUUUCUACCAAUAGAAGGGUUUGGUUUGCUGUGAAAUAAAUAAACCAGAAGUUUCUAAAACUCUGUAGUGAUUAAACAUAACGUCAUCAUUCCUUGUUUAGGAAUUGUAGACUCACCUUCUACCUUAUGGAUUCCUACCAGUUUGCACAAAUGAAUAUCAGGAAAGAAUAGAUGUUGAGGGCAAGCAUAGCUCUUGAGACCAGUGUGUUGAGAGAGAUUCCAAGGGGUGGGCGGUGGCCAAGUGGCAACUAUCCACCCAUGACUUUGGAUCUGUGCAGAACUGAACAAGGUUCAUUCGCAUAUGUGUCCCCAGGAAAUGAAGAAAAAUCACUUGAAAGGCAGCAGUUCUUAAAUUUUAUCAACUAUUAUUUGUAUAAGCAAACAAAUCAGAAAUAAAAUAUUUUAAAAGUUAUUGUUGGGAAAUGGGAAAAGUUUAAAACACUAAGCACAGUUCAUCGUACUGACAAAAAGAUUAUUGCUGGGGAGAUGUUACAUUUUAUCCACAGUAAACAUUUUGACAAUGGUGGGGUGGGGGAGCCUAAUUGCAUAUCCCAAAGGAAAACCUCCUCCAAAUGUAGACUUGACGAAUACUUACUUUGACUGCGGACUGCUUGUCCUUCAUCUUACUUUGAUAGACCGUUCACAGCAAAGGGAGAGAAGAGGGCCAGACAGAGUACUAAGAUACUUUCUCCUUCAGCUGUCCCUACCUGACAUAAAAUCAAGCAAUCUUCAAGCACUUAUUUACUGGCUAAUGUUAAAUAAAUUAGGGUGCCUUCUUCCUUAAACCCCUUUUCUUUUUUUCUGUUGUGUUUUGAACUCCACAUUGCAAUACUCUGUCGUAAUGGAAUACAACAUGUAGAUGUUUACUUGCUGCGGUAGGUCAGAAAUUCAUUAUUUGAUUUGCCAUAAACAUCCACUGUCAUGUCACAUGCAGCUUUUUGAAGCAUGAAUUCUGACUUAAGUUUUUAUAAAUCUGACUUUUCUGGUUUAAUGGUAGAUUUCUGUUGCCUCCCAGUUUCCAUUUUAACAGUGCUUUUUGAAGUUUAGAGAGAAAGCUUUACAAGUUAGUUUGUGCCCUCAGUUUUAUUCUUACAACUGCUAAAUACCUCUGUAAGCCUUAUCUUUUAUUCUUUCAUAUGUUGUAUAAUAAAUGUAUAGAAUUCAUUGACCAACUAAAAUGUUGGGUGUCUGUAAAUGAGACCAAAAUAUGGGUUGCUUUUUUCAUAAAAUAAUUACUCUUGGGGGUUACUGUUAGGAAGAGCAGCUAACCUGUAACUGUGAAUGCUUUGUGUCGUCAGUAUUUGCAUUACAUUCAUAAACGUGUGCAAGUCCUGUGACUCCCAGCUUAACUAAAAUACUGUUAUGCCACCUAACUUGAGUACAGCAAACUGGUUUUAGUUUUUAAUGGAAUUGUUGUAAACUGAUAAUCCAUAAAUAAAAAGUAUUUGUGUUGGUUU